GUGCAUUUCGCAUGACCAGGCAGCCAUCAAUCACGUCCGUCAACUGUGGCAAACUUUGCUAAACAUCAUAGACUAUGCUAAACAUGAUCUAUUACUGUGGUUUUCGAUUUUGAAUUUAGAGACACAGCCGCAUUAGAGUCAUUGACUUAUUUUAGUUAGACAAUAAAAAUGAACCAAGUGCAGACCACUCUAGUGAAUCAUAUUAUUUCUUUCAAUAAAAACAAUAUCUAACGCGAAGAUCCACAACACUUGGUCUUGGUCACAGAAACUACUCUAGAGAUCUAGAUAUAAUAUUAUAUAGAUCUAGAUCUAGAUCUAAAUCUAGUACUUAGAAUUGAUGUAUAAAUAUAGAUCUAGAUGUUUAUAAUAGGCCUACUUUAAUCUAGAUUUAUUAAUCUAGUCUAGUUUAGGCUCUAGUCUAGGUAAAGAAUAAGUAUAAUUGCAUAACCACAUUUAAUAAUGAAAAUGUGAUGACGAAAACUGGACUGAUGUGACUAAUGUCUUUAAAAAAGUAAAAAAAAAAAAAAAGUGAAAAAGCAUCUUUCUUAGAAAAAACUCUGAGAAACUGGUCCUACCAUGGAGGGCAUGAAACAUGACUUUACUAAUGAGCUUAAACCUAUUGUGAAAAUUGAGAAGAUAGAUUGGUUAUUACACUCAGAGUUGAGAGACUACAAUUGCAAGUAUCAAACUUCUGAAAAUACACAGACUUCUGAAGAACAAAUGCAUUCAAUCUCAAUGAUGGAUGACUUGAAACAAGACUUUACCGACAAUCUCUGCAAUGUUAUGAAAAAUGAGAAGACAGAAUUUUCUUUCCAUCCAGAGACAUUAGAAUAUAGCUUCAUUGGUCAAACCUUGGAAUCAAUUUUAUCAGAAGAGACUGAGCAAAAAAUAAAUCCAAAUCAAGAUAUGGCUUCAAACCAAGAUAAACCUAGAAACUCUCCUAACAAAGAUGUGCAUGCUGGAAACCUGGAAGAUGAAGAACAAAAUAGUUCAAAUGUAAAUAGAAUGCUCCAGCCGGUUACUGCUGAAAAAUCAUUCUCUACUUCAUCAAUCUCUAAGAACCAUGAAUUAAUGCAUUGCUUUAGAAAAACAUUUAAGUGUGACUUAUGUCAAAAACAAAUGUUUUAUAAAUGUAAUUUGAAAGUUCACCUGGCACUUCAUUGUGGAAUAAAAUUAUUCGAAUGUCAUAUUUGUCACAAAGGAUUUAGUUCUGCCGCUAGUUUAAAGAACCAUGAGAUGAUUCAUUUUAAAAAAAAGCCUUUUCAGUGUCAAAUUUGUCAAAAAGAAUUCACCAAAUCCUCAACUUUAAAACAACAUGAAAUUGUUCACUCUGACAAAAAGCAAUUCCAAUGUCAAAUUUGUCACAAAGAAUUUGCUUAUUCCUCAAAUUUAAAACACCAUGAGAUUAUUCAUUCUGGUAAAAUGCCAUUUAAUUGUAAAAUUUGUCACAAAGGAUUCACCCAUGCCUGUUUUUUAAAACAGCAUGAGAUGAUUCAUUCUAAUAAAAAGACAUUUCAGUGUCAAAUUUGUCGAAAAAAAUUCUUUAUGUCUUCAAAUUUAAAAAGGCAUGAGAUAACUCAUUCUGAUAAAAAGCCAUUUAAAUGUGAAAUUUGUCAAAAAAAAUUCAGUCAGUUCUCAUAUUUAAAACAGCACGAGGUCCUUCAUUUGGACAAAAAACCAUUUCAAUGUCACGUUUGUCAUAAAGAAUUCAAUAGAUCCUCAACGUUAAAAAUGCAUGAAAUGAUUCAUACUAGUUCAUCAACUUUUAAGGACCAUGAAUUUAAUCAUUCCUUUAGAAAAACAUUUAAGUGUGAUUUGUGUCAAAAACAAUUGUUGAGUAAAAAUUCUUUAAAAGUUCAUCUUACACUUCACUGGGGAAGAGAACCAUUCAAAUGUCCCAUUUGUCAGAAAGAAUUCUUAAGCUCAAGAGGCUUAAAAGAGCAUGAAGUAAUACAUUCUGGUAAAAAUCCAAUUAAAUGUCAAAUUUGUCAAAAAGAGUUCACUAGAUCCUCACAUUUAAAACAGCAUGAGAUGAUUCAUUCAGGUGAAAAACCAUUUAAAUGUCAAAUUUGUCAAAAAGAAUUCAAUCAGUCCUCAAAUUUAAGAAAGCAUGAGAUGACUCAUUCUGAUAAAAAACCAUUUCAGUGUACAAUUUGUCAAAAAAAAUUCACUUGUCCCUCAGCUUUAAAAAAGCAUGUAAAGAUUCAUUCUGGUAAAAAGCCGUUUCAAUGCCAAAUUUGUCAUAAAAAAUUUGCUUACCCCUCAAAUUUAAAACACCAUGCGAUAGUUCAUUCUGGUAAAAAGCCAUUUCAAUGUAAAAUAUGUCAAAAAGAAUUCGCUCGAUCCUCAGAUUUAAAACAGCAUGAGCUUAUUCAUUCUGGUAAAAAGCUAUUUAAAUGUCAAAUUUGUCAAAAAGAAUUCACUUAUUCCACAAAUUUAAGACAGCAUGAGAGGAUUCAUUGCAGUAAAAAGCUAUUUCAAUGUCAAAUUUGUCAAAAAGAAUUCAAUUAUUUGUCAAAUUUAAAAAAGCAUGAGAGGAUUCAUUCUGGUGAAAAGCCAUUUAAGUGUAAAAUAUGUCAAAAAGAAUUCGCUCGAUCAUCAGAUUUAAAACAGCAUGAGUUUAUUCAUUCUGGUAAAAAGCUAUUUAAAUGUCAAAUUUGUCAAAAAAGAUUCACUCAAUCCUCAACUUUAAGAAAGCAUAAGAUGAUUCAUUCUGGUAUGAAGUCAUUUGAAUGUAAAAUAUGUCAAAAAAGAUUCACUCGAUCCUCAGAUUUAAAAAAGCAUGUGAUGAUUCAUUGUGGUAAAAAAACAAUAUUUAAAAGUUAAAUGUCAAUAAGAAUGUACUCAAGCCAUCGAUUUACAUGAGAUGAUUUUAAUGCUACAUAUAUAGAAAAAGAAUUCACUCACUCAUUCAAAGUUGAUUCUCUCUGGUCUGAAGCCAUUCUAAUGUUCCAUUGUCUGUACAAAUACCUUUAUAUCUCUUAAAAUGCUGGUGGAAUAAAAUUAAUUUAUUCUGUUUAUAUUUUUUCAACAUAUCAACUAGGAGAUUAAUCAUUUUGAUAAAAGUCCAUUGAAAUGUUCAAUUAGUCUGUAUACAAACAUUAACAAUAGCUUCAGGUGCAAGUGGAAUGAAAUAAUUUUUCUGUUCAUAUUUUUUUUUUACAUAUUAAUUAGGAGACUAUUUAUUUGGAUAAAAGAUCAUUGAAAUGCUAAAUGUGAUUAGGAAUUAAGUCACUACAUAUACUCCUAUAAUAUAUGGACCAGCAAAUAAUGGUAACGGGACGAGGCGGGGUAAAUAAAUGUUUCUUUUUUAAACAUUUUUUACUCAUUAGUUGUUUAAAGAAAAACAAUUCGCUCUAUAAGUUGUAUACACAAUAUAUGGUACAUUUGUGUUUUUUGUUUUAACUUUUAUGAUAUUUGGUAACAAGCACAAGCUUUUUGUACAUUACAUUGUAUUAAUGAUGUGACAUUUCAUCAGAUUUUCUUAAUAUUUUUUUUAG